UGUUCAAUGUUUGCUACAGCCCAAAAUCUGUUGUUUUAUUACUAAACUCAUUGCAAAAACAAUUGUAACCCAAAUCGAUUUACCUCUACGUUAUGUUUAAAUAUCUGGGUUUUGACAGUAUGCUUUAGCAUGUUCACUGAACACGUUUGCAGUGCAAUGCAACUGAGAAAAAACUGAAUUAAUUCAAACAUUUUGAGGGGCAAGGAAACGCUGCUCAUCAUUAACCCAUAGAGAUCCGUUCGUCGUGCUGUCAUCGAGCUCUGCAGCCUUUUAUGCCGAAUGUCUGCUCAGAAAAAGAGAGAAUCAUCACAGCUGAGAAAAAGCCAUGUGUACAGGCUUUUACACGUAUGGUGAAGGUUUGGAGGCAAGGAUGCACAGGUCAUGCUUGGUGUAUGGACUAUGAAAGGAGGACUGCCUACUACAUAGGCUACAGGCAGGACUACAGACAAGAUUUUAAGACUACAUACAAAUGCUGUCGUGGAUGGUCCCAGUUCAAUGCAGAGGCAGGCUGCCUCUAUCAUUCCAUGAGAGGGAUUCUGGCUUUGUUGCUGUUGUCAAUCAUGAACAGAAACUUUUCAUCAGAUGCUCAUUUUGGGGACCAGCAACAUUUCAAUAGACUCUUUAUCUUUGUUCAGGAUGGUUCAGGAUUGUUGUUUGGGCACAAUGGAACUCACUUCCACUACAAUCGUAUAGAACAGCCUCCAGGUGCAUCAGUAGAACAUAACCACUCUAAGGUCACAGCAGGGCUGAUAGGGCAGUUAAAUCCCUUUCCUUACACUGCAGGAUCAGUGUUCCCUUAUGGCAUUUCUGUGAAACAUCAAUACCUAAGAGAGGAGGAGGGAGGAGCAGAGACAGACAGGAGGGUGGGACUGCAGAGGCCUGCCCUGGACACAGGCGAUGGAGACAUAAUAGGAGAGACAGAGCCACGAGAAACUACAUGUCUGUCCAUGCCGAGAGAGUGA